AUGUACGACCAGCGGCUCUUCAACCAGGACGCCGGGAUGGCGAGCGGGUUCGCGGCGGACGACGCGUACAACCUCUACGACAAGGCGCUCUACGCGGACCGGUCGAAGACCUACAAGGCGCCUGCUGCGGGCGGGCCGGACGACGACCUCGGCGACGACGCCCCGGGGCGGCGCUUCAAGCCCACCAAGGGGUUCGCGGGGGCGGACUCGCCGACCGCCGGGACGAAGCGCGGCGCGGGGGGCGUGGAGUUCGAGAAGGCGCCCGGCGAGGCGGAUCCGUUCGGGCUGGACGACUUCCUGAGCAACGCAAAGCGGCCGCGCACGGACGGGUAG